CCUCCUCCCUCCUCCCCCUCCUCGCUCUCUUAAGCCCCCUCCUCUCUCAGACAGAAGCAGCCACAGGCAGGACUCUCUCUCAGACAGAAGCAGCCACAGGCAGGACUCUCUCUCAGACAGAAGACUCUCCUGCUCUCAUAGCACACAGCCGUAAGCCACCAUGUCUGAUAAGCCCGACCUCACGGAGAUCGCCAGCUUCGACAAGACCAAGCUGAAGAAGACCGAGACAAAAGUGAAGAACCCCCUGCCCACCAAAGAGACCAUUGAACAGGAGAGGAAAUCGGAGACCACGCCCUGAAGCCUGGGUCCCAGCUUCGCUGACAGCUGUCGCGACCGUCCUGUUCCUUUAGUCCAGCAGGGGGAGCCCUCUCCCCUCAGGCCUGGUGCAUGACGAUGGGGACCAACCAGGCCCCCAAAUUUUUCCUUAAUCACUGGGGUUUAUGACAUCACUGGUCAGGGGUGUGUAGGGCGGGUGAUUGGUGGGAUUGGGUUUUUAUUUUUUUAUUUUUUAUUUUUUACUUAUGGUUGUUCUUGCCUUUUGUUAAUGAAUGCAAUGAAAUUGUGACAAAAUGGGUCAGGCAAAAAAUAAAUGUGGAAGAUUUCCUAUAAA